GGUCCGGCCUGCAGGAGCCUGCGGCGGGGCCGCGGCCGUGGGGACGGGUCCGGACGUUCUGUGGCCCCUCUGCCUGCUUCCCGUCAUCUUCUCCCGCCUGGCGGCGAUCGGCCACGGCUGCUGCGGGUCCGGGGCGUGCGGCCUGGCUUUUUCAUGACAACCUGACCAUGAGCCCCACACAGUGGGACUUCCCUGUGGAAUUAUGCUGCCGGCCUAUGGCUUUUGUUACCCUUACGGGCCUGGAUGUCGUGUAUAAUGCUGUGCAUAGAGCUGUCUGGGAUGCCUUCUGUGCCAAUCGGAGAGCUGACCGAGUACCAAUUUCUUUCAAGGUGCUCCCAGGUGACCAUGAGUAUCCCAAAUGUAGACCCAAGAGAACUUCAUAUGAAUGGUACAUUCCUAAAGGGAUCUUGAAGACUGGCUGGAUGAAUAAGCAUCUGAAUCUGGUGCCCGCCCUGGUGGUUGUGUUCUAUGAGCUGGACUGGGAUGAACCACAGUGGAAGGAAAAGCAGUCCGAGUGUGCUACCAGAGUGGAGAUCGUCAGGCAAAGUUUACAAGGAAGAAACACAAAAGUUGCAGUGGUUCUGAUUCAGAAGAAAACCCCUUUGCCUCCAGGAGAAGAUGUUGUUGCUUCAGAAAGGGCUGCGGCUUUGUGCAAUGCAUGUGAACUCUCAGGGAAGUCUCUGUUUGUCCUGCCCCACACUGACCACCUUGUGGGUUAUAUUAUACGAUUAGAAAAUGCUUUUUAUGAACAUGCACAGACUUACUACUAUACUGAGAUCAGAAGAGUGAAAUCUCAUAAAGAAUUUCUGAAUAAAACAACCCAUCAGCUUUUAUUUGUUAGACAUCAGUUCAAAAUAGCUUUCUUCAGUGAACUGAAGCAAGACACACAAAAUGCUCUGAAGAAUUACAGGACUGCCUAUAAUCUUAUACACGAAUUGAGAGCCCAUGAAACUAAUAUUCUGGAAAUCAAGACCAUGGCAGGAUUUAUAAACUACAAGAUCUGCAGGCUGUGUUUUCAACACAACACCCCGUUGGAUGCCAUCGCGCAGUUCCGAAAGCACGUCGACCUGUGCAAGAAGAAGAUUGGAAGUGCGGACUUGGCUUUCGAGCACGCUGCGUGGAUGUCCAAGCAAUUCCAGGCCUUUGGAGACUUAUUUGAUGAAGCUAUUAAGUUAGGGCUAACAGCAAUUCAAACUCAGAAUCCUGGUUUCUAUUACCAGCAGGCAGCAUACUAUGCUCAGGAGCGGAAGCAGCUGGCAAAAACCCUCUGUAACCAUGAAGCUUCUGUAAUGUAUCCCAAUCCUGAUCCCUUAGAAACACAAACAGGUGUUCUUGAUUUUUAUGGACAAAGAUCAUGGCGACAAGGAAUACUAAGUUUUGAUCUUUCUGAUCCUGAGAAAGAGAAGGCUGGAGUUCUUGCCAUUCAGCUGAAGGAGAGAAGUGUUGUUCACUCUGAAAUAAUAAUAAGCCUUCUGAGCAAUGCUGUCGCACAGUUCAAGAAGUAUAAGUGCCCUAGAAUGAAAAGUCAUCUAAUGGUUCAAAUGGGAGAAGAAUAUUAUUAUGCGAAGGAUUAUACCAAAGCUUUGAAGUUGCUGGAUUAUGUGAUGUGCGAUUAUCGGAGUGAAGGCUGGUGGACUCUCCUCACGUCGAUAUUGACCACAGCUCUGAAGUGCUCCUACCUCAUGGCCCAGCUGAAGGAUUACAUCACGUACUCCCUGGAACUUCUUGGAAGAGCUUCAACUCUGAAAGAUGACCAGAAAUCUAGGAUAGAGAAGAACCUCAUAAACGUUUUAAUGAAUGAAAGUCCUGAUCCUGAACCCGACUGUGAUGUCUUAGCUGUGAAAACUGCUCAGAAGUUGUGGGCGGACCGAGUUUCUCUUGUUGGCAGCAAUGUUUUCACAAUAGGAGUACAGGACUUUGUACCAUUUGUACAAUGCAAAGCCAAGUUCCAUGCCCCAAGUUUUCAUGUUGAUGUACCUGUUCAGUUUGAUAUUUACCUGAAAGCUGAUUGUCCACACCCCAUUAGGUUCUCCAAGCUCUGUGUCAGCUUUAAUAAUCAGGAGUACAACCAGUUUUGUGUGAUAGAAGAAGCAUCUAAGGCAAGUGAAGUUUUAGAAAAUCUGACUCAAGGAAAGAUGUGCUUAGUUCCUGGAAAAACAAGAAAAUUGUUAUUUAAGUUUGUUGCAAAAACUGAAGAUGUGGGAAAGAAAAUUGAGAUUACCUCGGUGGAUCUGGUUCUGGGCAACGAGACGGGAAGAUGCGUGGUUUUAAACUGGCAGGGAGGAGGAGGAGACGCCGCCUCGUCCCAAGAAGCCCUGCAGGCGGCAAGAUCUUUCAGAAGACGGCCCAAGCUCCCCGACCGCGAGGUGCCCUGGGACGGCAUUGUGAUUCAGGCAAGCACCAUGAUCAUCUCCAGAGUUCCAAACAUUUCUGUACGUCUCCGACAUGAGCCUCCUGCCCUGGCCAAUGAGAUGUACUGUUUGGUUGUGACUGUUCAGUCCCAUGAAAAGACCCAAAUCAGAGAUGUGAAGCUCACUGCUGGGUUAAAGCCAGGACAGGAUGCCAACUUAACUCAGAAAACUCACAUGACUCUUCAUGGAACUGAGCUAUGCGACGAGUCCUACCCAGCCUUACUCACUGACGUUGCUGUCGGAGACUUGCAUCCAGGCGAACAGCUGGAAAAAACAUUGUAUGUUCGCUGUGGAACAGUGGGUUCAAGAAUGUUUCUUGUCUAUGUUUCUUAUCUAAUCAAUACAACAGUUGAAGAAAAAGAAAUUGUUUGCAAGUGUCACAAGGAUGAAACAGUAACGAUAGAAACUGUCUUUCCAUUUGACGUCGCAGUGAAAUUUGUUUCUACAAAGUUUGAGCACCUGGAGAGGGUCUAUGCUGACAUCCCCUUCCUGCUGAUGACCGACCUCUUAAGUGCCUCGCCCUGGGCCCUCACGAUCGUAUCCAGUGAGCUGCAGCUGGCUCCUGCCAUGACGGCCGUGGAUCAGCUGGAGUCUCAGCUGGACAGAGUUGUCUUACAGACUGGAGAGAGUGCUAGUGAAUGCUUUUGUCUUCGGUGCCCAUCUGUUGGACAUGUUGAAGGUGGAGUAGCAACUGGACAUUACAUUGUCUCCUGGAAGAGGACCUCGGCCAUGGAAAACAUCCCCGUCAUCAGCACUGUCAUCACUCUACCCCAUGUGAUUGUAGAAAAUAUCCCUCUCCAUGUGAACGCAGAUCUGCCAUCAUUUGGGCGUGUCAGAGAAUCAUUGCCUGUCAAGUAUCACCUUCAGAAUAAGACCAACUUGGUUCAAGAUGUGGAAAUUUCUGUGGAACCCAGUGAUGCCUUCAUGUUCUCAGGUCUCAAGCAGAUUCGAUUACGUAUCCUACCUGGCACCGAGCAGGAAAUGUUAUAUAAUUUCUAUCCUUUGAUGGCUGGAUACCAGCAACUGCCAUCUCUCAACAUUAACCUACUUCGAUUUCCUAACUUCACAAAUCAGCUGCUGAGGCGUUUUAUACCUACCAGUAUUUUUGUAAAGCCACAGGGCCGCCUCGUGGAUGACACUUCCAUCGCUGCUGCGUGAUGUUCCGGACAGGCUGUGGCCCUGCUUCCCCGCGCCUGGGCAGACCUCACGGCUGUGCCAUUGUGAACUGUAGCUUUGAUCAUGGUGAAAAAAUAAUCUGUUCUAUUUUUUAAUGGAUGUUACAGCAUCUAUUUGGAGGAAUUCGUGCUAAACAUAUUAGGAAAACCUAUCCUCUCUUAUAGUUUCACUAAUAAAUAUUUGAAAUCUGUCAGUGCGACGUGAAAACGUGUCAGACCGUUGUUACUGGUGACUGUUGAACAUUGAUUUGUGAAUUGUAAAUUCUUUGUGAGAGAUUUACAUGUACAGUGUCCCUGGAAAAGGAGGCAUCUUGAAAGGAAAGUGUAAAAUGGAAAAAAAAAAUAAAAUAAAAAAGAAAGAAAGUGCACAAAAGACUGUGCCCAGAAAAGUUCUCCAUCUCCAGUGAGUCUCUGUGAGAGGCAGGGUUCGUAUUUCUGAAGGAUGUGAAAGGAUUACAUGCAUAAUCUCCCAUAAACUAACAGUUUUCAGAAAGAUGCUGGGUCUAAGUAAGAGCUUUUAGUUCAGUUGUGCUGUUUCAAAAGAACUAUUUAAAACUUUUUAAAAAUUCAUGUAAAUAAAAAUCAAAGGGUAAAAUUUUUCUUUGUUAAAAUAUUUUAAUAAUUUAAAACUACCUGAUCUCCUGGAAAAUUCUACUAUCUAAAAAGUGGCAAUGUUGUAAAAACAGGAAGUGCUGAUGUAAAUAAAUACAUUCUCUUUCAAAGA